AAAUUAAUGGUAAAAUUUGCUAAGAUUAAUGUCAUUAGGUAGCAAGCACAGAGACAGGAGUAUGUAUUUGGUACAAGGUCCGUGGUAACACGCAAGAGAGAGGACCCAAAAGGGAUUGGAAUAACAAUCGUAUCGUAUCGUAUUCGCUUGCUGGCCGUCUCUUUUAGUAGAGGGAGGCGGCUUUCUGAGAAGAAUCAAAACGCAUAACGAGACAGAGAGAGAGGAAGGUAAAUGGGUAGUGAUGGAGAUGAAGCGACUGACAUCGAAUUGGAGAAGAGUCUUCGUCGACCUAUCUCCACGGUCGUCUUCGUCAUCGCGAUGCAAGCGGAGGCUCAACCUUUGGUCAACAAGUUCGGACUCUCUGAUUCUCCUCCGCUUGGUGUUGGUGGGAAAGGACUCCCAUGGGUUGUCUAUCAAGGUUUUCAUAAACAUCUUCGUAUCUAUGUUGUCUGCCCCGGCAAGGAAUCCUUCUCAAGGAAGACUAGUCUCUCUCGCUUCCAGGGGUUGAUUGUGUUGGAACUGUUCCCUGACAUUCUCAUCAAUGCCCGUACCUGCGGUGCCUUUAAGCUUUAAGGAGCCAACAUUGGCGAUGUUUUCCUUGCCUCUCAUCUUCUCUUCCACCAUCGUAGAAUACCUAUCCCUGUUAGUUUCCUUUCUUACCUUCCUUUUUUUUUUAAUCUCUCUACUGAUUCUUUUUCCCCCCAUUUUGAUCUCGCAUUGUGCAUCUCUUUUUAGAUGUUUGAUCUGUAUGGAGUUGGUCUUCGUCAGGCCUUUUCAACCCCCAAUCUCCUCAAGGACCUCAAUCUCAAGGUUUAUUUAAUAUUAUAACCUCAAACCUGCUGUUUGUUUUUUUUAUCAGAUUGGCACAGGUUAUCUACUGGUGACUCCUUGGAUAUGUCUACACAAGAUGAAUCACUCAUCAUCUCUCGUGGCUCUGGAGCUUCUGAAAGUACCAGUAAUGUUUUUAAAAGCAGUGACCGAUCUGAUCGACGGGGAUAAACCCACGGCAGAAGAAUUCUUGCAGAACUUGCUCUUGAGGAAACUGCCACUAAAGUGAUCAACUUCAUCAACGGGAAAACCCUAUCAGACCUUUAACUAUCAUAUCUACUUGUCUUUUUAACAAACUGUCAUUGAUUCUUUGCCUUGUGUUCCAACAUCAUUUCGUAUCAAUUA